AGCAGAGCAAUCAGUCGCGCGCGGUUGCGUACUAAAGGAGAGGAGAGCUGUUCAUGCUAGGCUAAAGAUAACGCUAGCAUGCCAAGUUUAAACCCAGGGAAAUGUUGGAGGAAAGUAGUCUCUUCGAAUACUUCAUUUGACUUAAUAAGGGAUGUGGACUACAAAGAAGGCAAGUCCCGAAUGUCCCCCGCGCCCCCCGGACCAGUCUCAACAUCGACUCUCCCGCCUGGGGAUUGGCGAGAGGCGUUAUGUCAGUAAAUAUUAGCCUCAUCACCCUCCCUCCUCUUCUCGGUGUGUACCAGGGGAACCGAUCCAGACAGUGACGGAUCGAUCAAUCGCACCAGUCCUUACCUGCACCCACCUGGCUGCCUGGAAGGAAGGGAUGGAGGGUGAGAUGCAGCCCGCGGACGAAGGCCCCUCCGCCCCUAAAAUGAGACGCGGUGUCCCCGCCAGGAGCCUCCACAGCAAGCUACCGGCAGACAAGUCGCGCCUCGACCGCUCCGCCGUAAUGGAGCCUCCGCUGUUCUGUGACGGUCGUCAGUUCAUCAUACAUCCCGGGCCGUCUCACCCUUUCCAGACACAGCACUACCAUCGCCAGAGGUUCUCCGGCGAGACUAGGCCCAGCUGCGGGAUCCCGUCAUCCACCUCAGCGGUGGUGGCAGCAGCGGGUGGCGCCGCUCUGGAUGCCCAGCAGAGACGCGCCAUCAGCGGCAUAGCCGAGUGCAGAUUGUCCCCUGGACGUCUGAAGCAGGAGUCUCCAGACUGCACGUUUGGUAUCAGCUCAGAGAACCGUCUCAUCUUAGACGCCUUCGCCAAGGAAUGCAGUCGUGUCCUCAGCCUCCUCAACAACGGGCGGCUGCUGGAGCCAUCGCCGUCUUCCCUGCCCUCAACCAACAUCAAGCUGGAGGACGUGUCCAUGGCCCAUCGUUGCUCCACAUUGAGCAAGUCCAAGCCUGAAGAAAGCUCCUCCUCCUCUUCCUCCACCGAGCCAGAAGAGGAGGCCCAACAAAGCCAUCUGAACCAACAACAGACCUCUGCCGUUCUCCGCAUCUUCACAGACUCCCUGCACAACUAUCUGCUCUCAGGACAGCAGCAGCAACAGCAGGGCCGUCUGGUUGUGGGCAUGGAUGAGGAGCAGCAGUGCCACUUGGCGGAGCCCGUCUCUCCUCUAAGACGCACCCUGGGGGGAUGGGGCUCCCCGACACCGUCCGACUCGUACGGACACCCUUCUUCCACACUGCCCGAAGAGGAAGACGAGGAGGAGAGCUGCUGCCCACGUUGUCUGGAGCUGGAGCAGGAGGUGUUGUCGCUGCAGCAGGAGAAUGAGGAGCUUCGCAACAAGCUGGAGAAUGUCCCAGUUCCCUGUCAAGACGCUCUUGAUUAUUUCAAGAAUGUUCUUGAGUUUCACAACCAGCUGAUGCCACCGAUACCAGAAGAGCAGCUCACAGAGGAAGAAGAGCAGCAGACGGCAUUUGAGGGAAGCAAGCAGCUGCUGGAGAACUACCCGCUCUUCAUCACCAGCAAGCAGUGGGACGAGGCCGUCAACUCCUCCAAGAAGGACGGCAGGCGGCUCUUACGCUACCUGAUCCGCUACGUCUUCACCACCGACGAACUAAAGUUCUCCUGCGGCCUCGGCAAAAGGAAGCGCUCGGUCCACUUGAGGGAGCCGGGGCUGGAGAGGCGACCGCUCAACCCCGUCAAAGUCAGCUGCCUCAGAGAGUUCAUCCGGAUGCACUGUGCCUCCAACCCAGACUGGUGGAUGCCUUCAGAGGAGCAGAUCAAUAAAGUUUUCAGCGAUGCUGUCGGACACGCUCGGCAGGGCCGUGCCGUCGGCACGUUCCUGGGCGGCGGUGGCAUUGGCGGCGGCGGCAUCUACAUGGACAGCUUUGAUGGACACCUGUCGCAGGACGAGCUCUAUAUGAAAGGAUGUCACAAUGGCCAGUUAGACUGAAGGAGGCGAACAACAAGAGCAUAUGCGGUCACUUUACACUCUUUUACUGUCAGUGAAUGAGAUGCUUUUUAUAACAGUUCCUCUGAGAUUUCACUUGUUUUUAGAAUUGCAUGGUGGGCCAGAUUGAAUGCACUCAUGGGCAGAACAUUGUCCGUGUAUCAUAGGCCACCCCUGGUUGACACCAGGAUAAAAACAUUCCACCUGAGGUUAUCACAAGCCUCUUUUUGUGUCAAAUAUGUAGCCUAAAAACACCUACAAAAAUAAUUUAAUCCAGGUUAGACUUUCAAAAGGGUUUUGUGUCAUGUUUAAAUCCAUUGUUAUUGUUCAACUCUGUUAAAAAGUGGGACAUUUGAGACUGUGACAUGUCCUGACCAUUAAACCCACAAAGCAUCUCCAUUACACAAAGUAACUUUAGAGUUUUUUCCCCCAGCAUAAAAUGUUAUCCACCUCAUCAAACGCUGUGAUGAAGCACCUUUAAAUGAGUGACCCCCGAAGAGGUACGUUUUUGUUACCUGUGCACUUUUGCAUGAACAAUACCCUUUGUCCUGUUUCUGCAGGUGAUGCGUCCUCAUUGGCCCUCUCUUGGCUCUUACAAGUAACUGACUGACUGCUGUGCUCAACUGUGCAGUUUCAACCAAAGCUUUAUGACAUCCCGCAAAAGGUCAAUGAUGUCUCCUAGAUUUGUUUGAGGUAUUUCAUCUUUUUCCCCCCUAGGUGCUGCUGCCAUACAACAAUGCCUUAAAUUUAAUCUACAACUUCCACAGUGUCCGACUUAGCAGUGUUAUACUAUGUAUGUCAUUACAAUGUUUGACAGCCCCAACUGUAGCACAGCACAGCAUCUUUUAUGUGCACUUUCCUCCUGCUAUCAAGGAGAUUUUCACUUCUUAGUCAUUCUUUUUGGCCAUUCUACAUCUGAAUGUACCAUUAACCUCGUUAACAAUGUUGUGUACUUAAUGUGUAAUAUAAACCUAUGUGCGAGUGUUCCAGUUUUUUUUUUUUUAUUAAAAAAAAAUCCAAGUAGAAAAGUGCCACUGGAAACUUAAAAAGGUUGCAUUAUGUUGUCGUGCUCUGAAUGUGAACAUUCUUUAUGUGAACUAUCACUCCUGUACCCUUUGAAAUGGCUCUUAUCGACACUGUGACAAGAAACAAAAUAGAUUUGAUUUUUUACAAAAUCAGUUUCACUUUAUGUUUUAUAAUUGAUUAAUAAAGUUGUUAAGUAGCAAGGC